AUGGGAAUCAACAAUCCCCUCCCCGCGUCUCUGAAGUCCGAAUGCAGGAAAUGUGGCAAGAUUCUCACGUCGUUUGUUAACCCACGACAAGCUUUUGGUCCCGAUAAAGUUAUCCCGCCAUCAAUCCUGUCCAAUGCGAAGGGCUUCGCUAUUAUUACCAUCCUCAAGGCUGGUUUCCUGGGAUCUGGUCGUGUUGGUAGUGGCCUUGUUGUCGCUCGUCUUGCUGAUGGAUCGUGGAGUGCUCCUAGUGCCAUCGCGGCUGCAGGAGGUGGCUUCGGUGGUCAGAUUGGCUUUGAACUGACCGACUUUGUUUUCGUUCUCAAUGAUACCAACGCCGUCAAGACGUUUGCUCAGAUGGGAUCAAUUACUUUGGGCGGAAAUGUGUCACUCGCCGCAGGCCCAGUAGGUCGCAACGCCGAGGCUGCUGGUGCCGCAUCUCUCAAGAGUGUUGGAGGUAUUUUCAGUUACUCCAAGACCAAGGGCCUAUUUGCCGGUGUCUCGCUCGAGGGCAUGGCCAUUAUCGAGCGUCGAGACGCAAAUGAAAAGCUCUAUGGAACCAGAUACACAGCCCAACAGCUUCUUAGCGGAGCUGUUCAACCACCGCCAGCGGCCGACUCCCUCAUGUCCGUCUUGAAUUCGAGAGUGUUUAGCGGGAUGCGAGCAGGCUCUGUUAGCGACGACGCCAUGUACAACGAUAUGCCCGUAUACGACGAUCGUCAUGACGAUGUAGUCUGGGAGGGCCGCAGAGGAGAUGCCUAUGGUCAAGGAGUCCAACGCGAUCGCACAGGAUCUGGGGCUGGGCAGCGGGAAUUUGGUAGGCCGGGUCGAUCUAGCACAUGGAAAGACGACGUCUAUGACCAGCAAGACUUCAACCCUCCGUCACGAUCAAAUACAUUCGCAUCCGGUCAAGGGUAUGAUGAUGAUUUUGGUCUGUCGAGCAACAAGAAGAUCGGCCCAGGCAGACCUACGGCCCCAAAGCCAAAGUUUGGCGCUGAGAAGGAGGCUGCUUUGAAGCAGAACGAGGCUAUCGCUUUGUUCAAUUUUGAUGCAGACCAACCUGGAGAUUUGGGAUUCAAGAAGGGUGAAGUCAUCACGGUAUUGAAGAAGACAGAUAGCGACAAUGACUGGUGGACGGGUAUGAUUGGAACAAGACAUGGAAUAUUCCCCAGCAACUACGUCAAGAUGAAGUGA